AUGUCAUGGAUUAACAUGUUAAAUAUGAUGUUAAAUAUCAGACUCUAUGUGAGGGGUACAAUCCUUGGAUACAAAAGGUCCAAGUCAAACCAGUAUCCCAACACAUCCUUGAUCCAAAUUGAGGGAGUGAACACCACAGAAGAAGUAGGAUGGUAUGCUGGCAAGAGAUUGACCUAUAUUUACAAGGCUAAGGUGAAGAAGAAUGGAAGCCACUACCGUUGCAUUUGGGGUAAGGUUACAAGGCCUCAUGGUAACAGUGGUGUUGUUCGUGCUAAACAUUGCUUGUAUAAUAUAAAGAGUUACAUACCAAUAUUUAUAAUCACAUGAUAGAAAAAAGAAUAACCUAUAUUGCAAUACAAAAUGGUAAAUGUAAUAUACAUUUGUGGUUUUGUAUAUCUACGCAUUUUAUGGUGCU